AUGGCUAGUUCACGAACCUUACUUGUACUUGGGAUCAUCUGCGUCGCUCUCUGCGUGGUUGGCGCGACGGCACAAGCGAAGCCGAAUCCUACCAAGGCGCAGUUGAAGGCGGAGCUGAAUAAAAUGGCGACUACCAUCACGAAACGUUACCCGCAGUAUGCGAAAUACGCCAAAGACAUCAACAAGUACAUCGGCCUAGCACUAAACUCCAAAUACGACUUCUCAGCCCUCGCGGACGCCACAAUCCUCCUCCCCAGCAACACAGAAGCCGAAGCCCUCACUAAGAAGCUCCCCGUUAAAAAGGCCAACAUCCCCACCAUCUACAACAUCACGGCGUACCACAUCAUCGCCAAAAAAUAUACCGUUCCGAAUUUCAAGGCCUUCAAGCAAGCGCAGCCGCUCCGUACUCAGUUAAAGCAGGCUCUAUACAAGAUCUCGGCCAAAGGUGCGAACGUCGUGUCGUUCGCCAGGGGUCCGAAAGCGCCUGCGGCUACAUGGACGACAAUCAAGAUCACGAGGAUUUACUCCGGGCCAUACUUCAUUGCUCACGGGGUGGAUAAGGUUGUGAUCCCCUUUGGCACGAGGUUGCCCAGGUAG